GCCCGGAUCACCACUCGCCUCCAGCAGUAUCGGGCCAAAGCAGAACUCUCCAGAAACACCCGUCCUCAGGCCUGGGUUCCUCGAGAGAAGCUGCCGCGACCUUUGACCUCCAGUGCCUCGGCCAUCAGGAAACUGAUGAGGAAGGCGGAGCUUAUGGGCAUCAGCACCGACAUCUUCCCCGUGGACACGUCGGAUGCUAACGCUAGCAUGGACGGCCGCAGGAAACACAAGCAACCUGCGCUCACUGCAGACUUCGUGAACUACUACAUGGAGCGGAACAUGCGCAUGAUCCAGAUCCAGGACAACAUCUCGGAGCAGAAGAGCCUGAAAGACAAGCUGGAGAGCGAGCAGGAGAAGCUGCACGUGGAGUACAACAAGGUGAGGAAACUCUCUAAAUCUUACAGUGACCUGUCGCUAGUUAAGGAGAUCCAGACUCGUAUCGGCAAAGCCGCAACGUCUUUCAGUCGUUUGCGCUCAAGAGCGUGGAGCAAUAAAUACCUCACCGAGCGCACUAAGACACGCAUCAACCAAUGUUGCGUGGUCAGCGUCCUGCUGUAUGGUUCCGAGGCGUGGUCAACUUACGCGCGGCACGAAAGAGAGCUAAAUGCUUUUCACAUGCGGUGCCUGCGCAACAUCCUCGGGAUCACAUGGCGGGACAAGGUCACGAACGAGGCGGUGCUGGCGCGUACGGGCAGCAAGUCAAUGUUCCAAACACUGAAGGUCAGGAGGCUGCGGUGGCUCGGUCAGCUUCGCAGAAUGCCAGAUGGCCGCCUGCCAAAGGACAUCUUAUACAGCGAGCUGAGCGCUGGUUCCAGAGGCAGAGGACGACCACUGCUGCGCUUCAAGAAUGUCGUAAAGCUUGACAUGAAGGCCCUGGACAUUGCGACGGACAACUGGGAGAGGCUGGCAGAGGACCGGACGAAGUGGCGCGAGCAGCUGCGUGAAGGUGGUGACAGACUUGACAAAGACUGGAUUCUCUCUGAUUGCUCU